AUCUUAGUAGAGCUCUUAUGGGGUCAAAGCCUGCUGAAGUAUUUGAUGAAACCUGUCAUGUUAGUGGUGCAAAUCAUUAUUCUGUCAAUGUGAGUGAUAAUUCGUCUUCUUUUAAGAGCAGGGCAUGUGAAAGUUUACAGCAUACCACCAGUGAGACAAGUAAUCUACUUAGUGUCAAUUCGAGUUAUGAUUCUUUGUCUGAAAAUGCUGAAAGCAGAGCACCCCUAAGGUUUUCUAAUACUUCUGAUGAUUUAGAAGGUGUUGAGAAACUUCCUAAUAUAUACAACAAUUCUAAAGUUGUUGAAGUUCAUGAAGAUAACAUAUCAUGUGUAAGUAAAGGGAAUGAUACAAAUGCAGCAUUCAGUAAUCAUAACAGGAAUGCAGAGAGGAAGAAUAUUUCUUGUAGUUUAGCUUUAGUUGGUAGUGUAGGCCCUGAAGAAUUUGGAAAGCCACCUAAUUCAGUUUUCUCAGAUAUGCCGCCUUCAAAAGAUGCAGGCACUGGAAGUGGCAUAUCUAAGGAGAGGCUACCAGCUACUAGCCAGAAAUUUGGAUCUUAUAAAGGUUUGGAGGUCUCUACAAAAAUGUGUCCAAAGUUUGAAUCAGAGACCAGUGAUGAUGGCCAAGACCCAAAACAGGAAGCUUUGAAAUGUUCAGGUCAUGGUGAACAGGAUAUUAAAUCUAGCGAGAUGGUUGAAACAGCUGCUAUGCAGCCUUUGCAAUCAGUCAAUGGUGAUGACAGUGACGAAUCAGACAUUGUGGAGCAUGAUGUAAAGGUAUGUGAUAUUUGUGGGGACGCCGGUCGUGAAGAACAGCUUGCCACGUGUAGUAGGUGUAGCGAUGGUGCAGAACACAUCUAUUGCAUGCGAAAAAAGCUUUGGAGAGUUCCUAAAGGUGAUUGGUUUUGUGAGGAAUGCAAGUUUGCUGAGCAAACUGAAAACCAAAAGCAAGAUAUAUAUGGAAACAGAACGAAGAAAGCCAUCUUGAGCACACAGCUCUCUAAUAAGAGACGUGCAGACAAUACAGAUGCGGCUCCUUCUUCGAAGAGGCAGACUCUUGAAACUCGGGUGGGAUCACCAAAGCCAUCCAGCCCUAAGAGAACAGUUGCAUUAUCACGUGAGUCUUCAUUCAAGAGUAUGGAUAAGGAUAAGUUGAAGUCUGAUAAGUCUGCUUAUCAGACUUCUACCACCACUAAUGAUGUAUCAGAAACUGUACGCUCUCCAACAACCGGUCCUCGGCUUCAAACAGCCAAGGGUGCAUUAUUAAAGUCAAAUUCUUUCAACAUGUAUUCCAAACCAAAGGUUAAGCCUGUAGACAACAUUGUUCCUCAGAAGCAGAAGGGGUCUAAAGAGCACAUUUCUGUUGAUAUGAAGGAGAGGACAGCCAGAAUGAUGGGCAAAUCUGUGUCAUUUAGAUCUCCUGACUCGGGGCGGUCUAGUGUGCCCGAUUCAAAAGUUAAAAUGCUGCCGUCAAAAUUUAACCCUCUUCAAGAUCUAAAGGGAGUGAAACAAGUAAAAGAGAGGAGCACAGUUGAAAGAAAAAAUUUGUCUAAACUAGAACGUCCUCUAGUUGGUUUGACCACAUCCAGUGCUACUGUUUCAACACCUAAGGUCGACCAAGCAUCCCAUUUGCUUUCAUCUGUGAGCAGCCUUCGAGAGCAUAAGGCUUUACCAUCUGAUGGAAAAUUAAGUACUUCAUCAAAAGCAAUAAGUGGUCUAACUCUUAAAGGUGUUGAAGCUCAAAGUUCUCCAGGUGGAUCUUCUCCUACUAGUGGAAUGUGUAGUGCUGCUUCUGAACAAAAGUCAAACCAAAUUAUCUCUAACAAUGAACCUUCUGAUGCUGAAGGGAAAUCAGAAGAUGUUCUUCGAUCAUGGGAAAUGACAAAUCAAACUGAUAAAACAAGGGAGGGUUCUGUUUGCAGUAGGCCGAUUGUUGCUGCCAGUCCAAAAGGUCUUUUCUGUUCAAUUUGUAAGGAGAUUGGUCAUACUGCUGAUUCAUGCAAAAGCGGAAUUUCACAGGAUAUUGGUACUGAUGUUUCUCCUCCAACAAGCUACAGAGAGGAGGUGCCGAGAAGUAGUAGGUUGAAAGAUGCAAUUCAAGCUGCUUUGCUUCGAAAGCCUGAAAUAUACAGAAAGAAAACAGUACUAGAACAAUGUGAUGAGUUGUCCGUUUCCAACAUGGAAUCAAGUAAUGAAGUAGCUCCUCCAGAGUGUGUAUCAAACAUGUUGAAUAAUUACAUGUGUACUGAAGGAUCGCAUGAUGGACAAGCGAUUCCUGGGAUUUCUACCUCUACUUCUGAUUUUUACAAGAAUACAUUACACCCCGCUAAUUCUGUGGUUCCUUCCAGGGUGGUAGACUCUGGUUCUGUUGUUCCUUUUCUUGGGAAGUCUACAAUGAGAAAUUUGCAGAGACAUGCUUCAAUGGGGAUGUCGUUUCUUACGAAGACAACAGCCAUUCCAGAAUAUGAACACAUCUGGCAGGGGAGCUUUGAACUGCAAAGAGGUGGAAAUAUUCUGGAUAUAUGUGGUGGUAUUCAAGCUCAUUUAUCGACUUGUGCAUCACCAAAAGUACUUGAAGUAGUGAACAAAUUUCCGCACAAAGUUCCUUUGAAGGAAGUACCUCGUUUAAGUGUAUGGCCAACGCAAUUUCAUCAAAGUGGUGUUAAAGAAGAUAAUAUAGCACUCUAUUUCUUUGCCAAAGAUCUUGAGAGUUACGAAAGGAACUACAAGAUCCUUAUAGAUGCAAUGAUCAAGAAUGAUUUAGCCCUCAAAGGAAAGUUUGGUGGCGUUGAACUUCUGAUACUCCCAUCAAAUCAGCUUCCUGAGAAAUCACAACGUUGGAAUAUGCUUUAUUUCUUAUGGGGUGUGUUCAGGGAGACAAGGGUGCAUUACAUAGACUCUACUAGAAAAGUGGAUCUUCCUGAUGUCUCAUUGGACAAUGACAUUCCCACUGUCAUGACUGUGGCCAAGAACCUGCAUGUUCCCGAGCAUAUAGGUGUAGGUGAUGGGUUGUCUGAUGCAGCCUCUGCAUCCAAGUCCCCAGAAUCUCUGGUUUUGAUGGUUAGCAAGGAUCUUGAUAGCAAAUAUAUGUACCCCGAAGAGAUGUGUCGCGGUUCAAAAGAGAACUCGGUGCUACAGGAUAGCAGGGGUGACUGCGAAUACACAGCAUACAAUGCAGAUUUGUCUGGUGGAGUUACAUGCACCACUCCUUCCCUGCAAGAAGUUUGCAUUCGAGAGAGCAGACUAGACACUGCAAGGCAUAUUGGGAAGGACAUAAUUGCAGAUAGAGAAAACAUGAUUGGUGUCUCAGGAGGUGACAAGGAGGAGGUGAUUCUGGAAAAAGUGAAUCACAGGGAUGAAUUUAAACAAGUGAGGGAACUGAAGAGAGAUGAUGGAUCCAAAGAAACGGAAACAACUUUAGUGACAGACUUGACAACAAGAGUCAACUCUUGUCAGUCUAAUUCUAGACAUCCACUUAUAGAUCUGUCAGAGACAGCAGCUUCUUCCGCUACAAAUCAAGAAAUGCCGUGGAAUGUGGUGAAUACUAUUCAAAGAGAUGGACAGAGUGAGAGUAAGAAACCAAAACUAGAUUCUAGUGAAUUACAUGGUUUUAGUACUUCAAAGUCUGUCACUUCUACUUCAGCUGAAGAGAAGAGCUGUACUGAAGAAUGUGAUGAAAAAGUUAUUCCAGAGGACCUGGGAACUACUGAAAGGCAUUUUUUUCCUGUGGAAUCAAGGAAUAUCCAGGAAUUUCGGAUGGAUAACUCUCUGCCUUGGAAAAAUUUCUCAUCAGGGAAAGAGGAUAAGUCAGAUGGGUUUCCGAGUCUUGAGCUUGCUCUCAGGGCGGAAACAAAAUCACCAAGUAAAGGGAAUCUGCCAUUCUUUGUUGGGUUAGGUGAUGAGAGAGAUAACCAGGACAGGCAUUUAGAAAAAACAGCAGGUGAGAAAGAAGAUGAUAUCUCUGCUUCACUUUCACUCUCUCUUUCUUUCCCCUUCCCAGACGAGGAACAACCUGUGAAACCUGUUACAAAAUCUGAGCAACUUGUGCCUGAAAGGCACCAUGUGAAUACAUCGCUGCUUCUGUUUGGGCCCUUCCCAGAAAAAUAGAAGGCCGAUGAAUGUGUGCACCAUGUAUGUUAGUGUGACCGCGCAUGUGGUAAUGCUCAGGAGCCAUGAGAAGCGCCCAUUUCCCUUUGUUCAUAUAUCCUAUAGGAUCCUCACAGUUUUCUCUAUUAUGCUCCCGUUUCGUUGGUGUUCAUCUCUUUGGUUUCUGAGUAUGUUAUUGUUACGGCUGUUUGUACAUAUAAGAGAAUGAAAGCCGAAUGUCACUAGGUUAAUCAACGUGAUGCCAACUCUUAAGAUUCAGAGAUCAAUUGGUAUCCAAUUAGAAUUUAAAUUAUCAUGGUGGGAGGUAGGCCUAUCGGAGCCUUUUCAUAUGUUUAGUUUCUUAAUAGGGUCAGUUACACAUAAGUUCACUUCGACACAUUUUUAUUAUCCCCACUACUG